AUGCAGCGGCAGCAGGAGCGGCUGGAGAGACAUCGCGUGGAGAAGGAACGCCAACGGGAAGGGCGAGGGGACCGAGACAGGGACAGACACAGGGACAGGGACAGACGUAGGGACAGAGAGGGGAGGUCAGGGCGGGACCAUAACCACAGACCUCAGCACAUGGCCAUCUACCAGCUGCAGAGGUCUGGGCAACAGUCGCACAUGCAGCCUCCCCUACAGCCCCAGCAGAUGAGACCCUCGUCGGGGAAAGAUCACUCGCGUAUCCCGCAGCCCAUGGUGGUUAGCCAGUCGCAGCCGGUUUCGCAGCCGGUGCCGCAGGUGGCGGCCUCCCCGCAGGUGCAGCAGGCGGCUGGGCUGGUGAGGUUUGCCCGUGCCAACCACUGGGCGGAAGACACGUGGGCGUCUCUACUGAGUGCCCUACUCACGGGGAGGGCGCUGGAUGUGUACAGCAGGCUAUCUGAUGACGAUGCCCAGGACUAUGUUAAGGUGAAGGAAGCCAUUCUUAAGAGGUAUGAACUUACCGAAGACGGUUUCAAGAAAAAGUUCAGGUCUGAAGUUCCCCAGGAGGGGGAAGUGCCGGACCAGUACAUUGUACGUCUCAGCAGUUACCUGAACAGGUGGAUCGAGCUGUCUAGCACCCCCAAGACGUAUGAGGGAAUCUGUGAUCUGGUCGUCCAGGAACAAUUCCUUGAUCUGUGCCCCUUAGAUCUGUCAAUCCACCUACGAGAGAGGAAACCAAAGUCCUUGGAGGAAAUGGGGAGGAUGAGCGACCAGUAUCUGACGGCUCACGAGACGAGCCUGGCUGAAGGUGUCCGUCCACGCAACUCAUCAAGAUCUGAGGGCGAGCCUGGCCGGAAGAGCGGUCAAGGUGGCUCCGGGGAGCCUGGGGGAGGCUUCCGUAAGACCUGUUACCACUGUCGUGAAACAGGGCACGUGAAAGCUGAUUGCCCUAGUUUGGGGAAAGGGUUCUCCAAGAAGAAUGUGGUGGCACAGAGUAUGUUCGCGCAGGGAGCAGACAAGCCCUGGGACGCGGAUGGAAACUUGGCGGAAGAUAGCAAGUACAGCAGCACUGGAGCUGUGAACGGCCAGCAAGUACAGGUGUACAGGGACACUGGGAGCUCCAGGACCUUUGUCAACAAGACAUUGGUGCCGAGGAAGGCAUACACAGAAGAUGCCAUUAAAGUCAGACUGGCCAAUGGGGCUGUUGACAGCGUGCCUACAGCCAGAGUUGAGCUGGAAGUAGAUG